AACGUUUUUUCUUUACCGUUUGCUUUCCCUUGCCCACCUAUGCUAUCAAGCUAGACUGAUUUGAAACUAUCUGCUGUAAUGCUUCUACACAAUAAGGGUAACACUAACUUCAGUUGAUGAAGACAAAUGCUUCAUCAGAGAUGGAUAAUGCCUCUGCUAAACAAUCUUUAUCUGGGAAUGCUAUCAAAAUAUGGUACACAAGAUCAACUAAACUUGCUGUGGCAGUUGCCAUCAUUAAAGCCAGACCAUCAGGGAAAAGUGGUAGACAGUAUGCGGAGCAAUUGGCUUGCAGGUUCAACCAUCUUGAGCAGUCCUGGAAGAUGAAAGCUGAGGGCCUACAGGAGGAGGUGCUGCAACUUCGUCAGGAACUUCUCCUUUCCAAGAUGCUGUUGAAACCCAACAGGAACAGCAAAAAUGGUGGUGGUUUAGUGGAAAUACUCUCGCAGGAUCUCGUCCCAUCCUUGGGACCCUUGUCGAGUGAGCAAAUGAACUCGGUGCCUGAUUCAGGCUGUGGAACAGAGAAUAGCACAGAGUCCCUCCAGCAAUCCCUAUGUGUGGAGAAGGGCCAGACGGAGACCUCCGCACCUAUCCCCUCCCACCCCAGGCAGCCCCACUUCCCACAGGCGAGCUCCGACCGGCGGGAGAACGCCCUGCUCUCCCACAUGCAGUUUCUGCAGAACUUCUGCAGCUUGCGUAAGCUGGGUGCCCGUGGGCUCUCCCUGGAUGGCUACGGCGCUGUGGUCUGGGACUCGGUGUGCCAGCUGCUCGGCUCCCUGGUGCCUGCCGCCUCCAGGGACGUUCAGUGCCACCUCCAGCAGGCUUUGCUUCCCCAGGCGUCACAGGUGGUGGCGCAGGUCGUGGAUGAGUGGCGGGCCCACUGUAAACCCCCGGGGCUAUUCCUCACCCAGGCAGAGGACUGCCUGAAGAAGCUCACUGGCCACCUGUUGAAUAAUACUCAACUCAAUCGGUUCCCAUCGCAGGAGUGUCUGUCCGACUGCCUGAUCCGGUUGGGUGGCAGUGCCACGCUCAGACCCACCCUCCUGUGCCUCCUUUUCUCCCACAUCAACCACCUGGCCAACCACCUGUGGCACACCUGCCAGGAAACGGCGAGUGGGAGGGCGGCGCGGCUGGAGGUGGGACGCUACGAGAACUCCUUCUACCUCCUCUGGGUCCUGGAGCAGGUCCUGAGGGAUGCAGGCGCCCCGGAUCUCAGGGAGGCCCAGGCCCAGCUGGAGAGGCAAGUGCUGCGUCUGGCUGACGAGUACCCACUCUUCAGCCUCUACCUGUGGAGAAUCGGAGCCCUGCUCAAGCCGGAGGUCUCCACAUGAAAGACGUCAAAGCCUGCCGUGGACUGAUGCCAGGUACCACCUACGUUCCAUUACUCUUCAGACCAAAGGACUGAUCAACAGACUGAUGCAUGUUUGCUGAUAUGGCCAGAUUAUCAAGCAAGGGUGCCAGUUGACAUAUCAGAUUAUAGAGUUUGAUGCAGUUUGUUUGGGAGGCCCAGUCUUCCCUACAAUUGUGUGUUGACAGACUGUGCUUUUACAGUGGAGAUAACUCGGUCAGCUAGUGUGGAGCACUUUGGUAAACAGUCCUAAGUGUCUUUGUAAGAGAAUACAUUUGCAGCAAUUGUCAUACAGAACAUGCAUGCAUGCUCCUUGAUCAAUUGUUUGUUUGUUUGUUUUUUCAUUUUGUCAAACCAGUAAUCAGACAACCAGCCAGGUUGAACUAGAUAUUUGUAUUUUAAAUAGAUUGCAUUUCUUUUGGAAUAAAUGCUUCCUUUUUA